AUGCAGCCUGGACAGAUUAGUGAUGAGGUCCUAUAUGACCAGCCUCGACACCGUUCACAUGUUAUAUCCUUUACAGAGAAAGGCCCGGAUAUUGUUAUGGUUGAUCAUAGCCUCAGCCAUAGCCGUUGGCAUCUAGAGGAUGAGCGCAUAAUAGCAGCUGUAGGACGGGCCGGCUUCUUGACAUGUUCAAAGCUUCGUUGGAUGAGGCUCGAUUGGCCCCUACUCACCGCUUUAAUAAAUAGGUGGAGGCCGGAGACCAACACUUUCUACUUCCGAAUGGGAGAGUCUACUAUUACGCUACAGGAUGUAGCCAUGAUACUUGGUCUCCGCAUAGAUGGUCCGUGCAUUACCGACAGUGAUAGAUAUUUUUGGCCGGACAGGUGUGAGGAGUUGUUAGGUGUAGCUCCAGAGUCAAUGCCUGGAGGAACUAUUAAAUUGAAGUGGCUAAAAGAGACCUUCUCGGUGCCGUUGCCUUUUGAUGCGCCGCUAAUAUUGAUUGAGCAACAUGCACGUGCAUACAUUAUGCACAUGAUCGGUUCAAUAUUAUUUCCAGAUUCGAGUAAAGAUAAAGUGCAUGUCAGGUAUCAUUUUUAUUAG